AUGGUACAAGGCAUUGAAGACAGAAGACGGAAAGCUUAUGGUAAGGAUUACACUAGCUAUCAUUACCCCCCAUCCGCCCCCCCUCCCGUCCGCCACCCGACCCGACCCGAUCCCACCUCACCCCACCUCACCCCACCUCACCCCACCUCCGCCUCCCUCUCUACACCCCCGUCUACUCACACACCCGCACCCACGAUGGAUGUCGACAGCGAAGUCACCAAGCUCGUGGAAGAAAUCACCCGCCUCGGUGACAAAGGUCCUGACGGCAAAGUCUCCGUCAAGUUCGUCAAGCUGAUCGACGACGACCGAUGCGGCAACAUUUUUGAGGCCAUCAUCGGCACGCUCAAGGCGGCGCGCCGCAGCAACGUGCUCACCUUCGAGGGCGAGUUCCUGCUCAAGGGCGUCCACGACGAUGUCGACAUCACCCUUCUCUGA